AUGAAAAACUUUAUCGUCAUUUGCUUUGCUCUUGUCGCAUUGUUUGCUGCAGUACAAUCCGUACCUUUGGAGGGAUUGUUUGAAGAUACUUUUCAAGAUGAACCUACAGAUCUUUAUCAAGGAGCAUUAGACAAUGCUGGCGUUCGUCAAAAACGAGUGACUUGUGAUUUAUUAAGUGUGAGUACCAAAAUUGGUUCCUUGAAUCACGCCGCAUGUGCUGCUCAUUGCCUUGCUUUGCGUAGAGGAUUUAGAGGUGGUCGUUGUGAAAAUGGAGUUUGCAAUUGCAGAAGAUGA